CAAGAACUAGCCAACGACGUUCCAAACGGACCUUCAUCCGACGUCCUGUAUUUUGCCGAUACAUCUGAGGACGUGUCCUGUACCCUUCUCUUCGAUACUCUCAGCGAACACGAGAUCGAAAUACUGUGUGGGGUAUAUUAUGUUGAUACAGGUAUACGCGCACAAACUACGACGUUGGCUUGGUGGCCUGUUCCCGGGUUAUGGGAUGCGUCUGGACUGAACAUGGGAUAUUGGACACUUUCAUGCGAACAGUUGUUCCAAGUGAGGCUUAGGAAAAUUUGCGAGGGCGAGGCGACCUUGCUAACCACCAAGAAGUGGCGGUCAGAUCUCAAAUAUUAUAAGAACCAGAGCAAGAAGAUCAACAAUUGUGUCGAAAACAAGUGUCGCCAGUUGCUCAGGUGA